CAACUGAUACUCUAAAAGAAGCGAAUCAAAGACAAAAACCCUAGGUGGAAAUAAAACCCUGCUCCCCUCGUUGCUCUCGCUCCUCGCGCCGGCCUCCUCCGGACCCCCAGCCAUCCAAUCCAUCCCCAAAUCCUCUUGCCCUCCACCAUGGACGACGUCUGCGAGGGGAAGGAGUUCUCCUUCCCUCGCCAGGAGGAGCGCAUUCUCCAAUGGUGGAAGGAAGUCGCCGCCUUCGAGACCCAGCUAAAGCGCACCGAGUCCAUGCCCGAGUACAUCUUCUACGAUGGCCCCCCCUUCGCCACCGGCCUCCCCCACUACGGCCACAUUCUCGCUGGCACCAUCAAGGACGUCGUCACCCGCUAUCAGUCCAUGGCCGGCCACCACGUAACCCGCCGCUUCGGCUGGGACUGCCACGGCCUCCCCGUCGAGUUCGAGAUCGACACCAAGCUCGGCAUCCGCUCCCGCGACGACGUCCUCGCCAUGGGCAUCGAUAAAUAUAACGAGGAGUGCCGCAGCAUCGUCACCAGGUACGUCAAAGAGUGGGAGGAGAUCAUCACAAGGACCGGGCGGUGGAUCGACUUCAAGAAUGAUUACAAGACCAUGGAUCCGUGGUUCAUGGAGAGCGUCUGGUGGGUCUUUAAACAGCUUCAUGAUAAGGAUCUCGUCUACCGAGGGUUCAAAGUUAUGCCCUACAGCAGUGGCUGCAAGACUCCGCUUUCGAAUUUUGAAGCUGGUUUGAACUACAAGGAUGUGCCGGACCCUGCUAUCAUGGUGUCAUUUCCUAUAGUUGGUGAUCCAGACAAUGCGGCUCUAGUUGCAUGGACGACGACUCCAUGGACGCUUCCCAGCAAUCUUGCUCUCUGUGUCAAUGCCAAUUUUGUUUAUGUGAAGGUUCGUGACAAGUUUUCCGGGACAGUCUAUAUUGUUGCGGAGUCUCGAUUAUCAGAGUUGCCCAAAAGGAAAUCAAAAGCAGACGGACUAGUUGCAUCCAUGCAAGAUUUAACCCUCUCAAACUCUAAGAGUAAAGGAACCAAGGAUGCUAAAGUUAAGAGUGAACCAGAUACUGGGUCAUAUGAAUUGCUUGGGAAAAUUGCAGGCUCUUCCCUGGUGAAAUUUUAAUGCAGAUAUAAGCCACUGUUUGAUUAUUUCUUAGAGUUUUCAGAAACAGCAUUCCAGGUGGUUGCAGACAAUUAUGUCACUGAUGAUAGUGGAACUGGUGUUGUCCAUUGUGCUCCUGCAUUUGGUGAAGAUGAUUAUCGUGUUUGCGUUGCUUCGGGUAUAAUUCAAAAGGAUGAAGAUCGUAUUGUGGCAGUUGAUGCCGAUGGUUGCUUUACUGAGAAGGUUUCUGACUUCCAUGGGCACUAUGUCAAGGAUGCUGAUAAGGAUAUCAUAAAUGUGGUUAAGGGGAAAGGAAGACUUGUGAGUAUAGGGAGUAUCACACAUGCAUAUCCUUUCUGCUGGAGAUCGGACACUCCUCUCCUUUACAGGGCUGUUCCAAGUUGGUUUGUUGCUGUUGAAAAGAUCAAAGAGCAGCUGCUAGAGAGUAACAAACAGACAUACUGGGUUCCUGAAUAUGUCAAGGAAAAACGCUUUCAUAAUUGGCUGGAAAAUGCUAGAGAUUGGGCUGUUAGUAGAAGUAGAUUCUGGGGUACUCCUCUUCCUGUAUGGAUAAGUGAGGAUGGUAAAGAGAAAGUUGUUAUUGGUUCCAUUGGUGAACUUGAAGAGAAGUCUGGUGUUAAGGUUACAGAUCUUCAUCGUCACUUUAUUGACCAUAUUACAAUUCCUGAUAGUCGUGGUCCAAAGUAUGGUGUGCUUCGCCGUGUCGAGGAUGUAUUUGAUUGCUGGUUUGAGAGUGGGUCCAUGCCGUAUGCUUAUAUUCAUUACCCAUUUGAGAAUGCUGAACUCUUUGAAAAUAAUUUUCCAGGACAUUUUGUGGCCGAGGGCCUCGACCAGACUCGUGGAUGGUUCUAUACUCUCAUGGUAUUGUCUACUGCAUUGUUUGGAAAACCUGCAUUUAGGAAUCUAAUAUGCAAUGGUCUUGUCCUUGCUGAGGACGGGAAGAAAAUGAGCAAAAGGUUGAAGAAUUAUCCCUCGCCUAUGGAAGUCAUAGGUGAUUAUGGAGCGGAUGCUCUGCGAUUAUACCUCAUAAAUUCACCAGUUGUGCGUGCAGAACCUUUGAGGUUCAAAAAAGAUGGCGUAUAUGGUGUUGUGAAAGAUGUCUUCCUUCCGUGGUAUAAUGCAUAUAGAUUUCUUGUUCAAAAUGCAAAAAGACUGGAAGUUGAGGGUUUUGAACCAUUUAUUCCUAUUGAUUAUAAUACUCUUCAAAAAUCUUCAAAUGUGCUUGACCAGUGGAUCAACUCUGCUACUGAAAGUCUUGUUCACUUUGUCCGCCAAGAGAUGGAUGCAUAUCGGUUGUACACGGUUGUACCAUAUCUUCUAAAAUUUAUCGAUAAUCUUACAAAUAUAUAUGUGCGUUUUAACCGUAAGAGGCUAAAAGGGCGUACUGGAGAGGAGGAUGGCAGGAUUUCACUUUCCACUCUUCAUCAUGUGCUUUUAACUACUUGUAAAGCAAUGGCUCCAUUUACACCAUUCUUCACUGAGGUUCUUUAUCAAAAUUUGCGCAAGGUUUCUGUCGGAUCCGAGGAAAGCAUUCAUUACUGUAGUUUCCCUUCAACAAGAGGGAAGAGAGAGGAACGCAUUGAACAAAGUGUUACAAGGAUGAUGACUGUCAUCGAUCUUGCCCGUAACAUUCGGGAGCGUCAUAACAAGCCUCUUAAAACACCACUCAAAGAGAUGGUGGUUGUUCAUCCUGACAGUGACUUUCUUGAAGACAUCGCAGGGAAACUAAGAGCGUAUGUGAUGGAAGAACUCAAUAUAAAAUCAGUGGUCCCAUGCAAUGAUCCUUUGAAAUAUGCUUCUUUACGUGCGGAGCCUGAUUACAGUGUACUUGGUAAACGACUUGGAAAAGCCAUGGGAACUGUUGCCAAGGAGGUUAAGGCAAUGUCACAGGCCGACAUCUUAGCAUUUGAAAGAUCUGGAGAAGUUACCUUCUCUGGGCACUGUUUGAAGUUGACUGAUAUCAAGAUAGUGAGGGAAUUCAAGUGUCCUGCCAAUGUAAAGGAGAAAGAAAUAGAUGCUUCUGGCGAUGGUGAUGUUUUGGUUGUAUUGGAUUUACAAGCUGACGAGUCAUUGUUUGAGGCAGGGGUUGCUCGCGAGGUUGUUAACAGAGUCCAGAAGUUACGAAAGAAAGCUGGACUGGAACUGACUGAUAUUGUGGAGGUUUACUACAAACCUCUAGACAAUGACAAAAAUAUUCUGGAGAAUGUUGUAAACUCACAGGAGCAAUACAUUAGGGAAGCAUUGGGUUCUCCUUUACUUCAUCAUUCUUGGACUCCAUCAGAUGCUGUCAUAUUUUGCCAGGAAGAAUUUCGUGGGGUAUCUGGGGCAUCGUUUGUCAUCAGCUUUGCAAAGCCUACUCUGGUGUUUGAUUCUGAUGCUAUUCUUGCAUUAUUUUCAGGAAACAAAAAGCAUGCUGAUGCUUUACAGAUAUAUCUAUCAUCAAGGGAUCUUUUCAAUUUGAAGUUGGAGUUUCAAGUCGGGAAUGGAAAGAUCAAGAUAGAUUGUGUGAAGGAUCAGCCAGCAGUUGAUUUGGAAUUGGGAAAACAUAUCUUUUUGAGCGUUGGGGAUUACUUCUUGAGCAGAAAACAGUAAUUUAUUUCAAGAAAACAGUAAUUUAUUUCAAAGGUUGAGCUCAUUUAGUCUAUACAUUCUGCACAAUUAUUUUGACUCCGCAGGAGAGGCCGUAUUGUUAUGAUUUUCUCUAUAAUCUCUACAACUACUUUCAAGGCAUGAUAGAGGGUUUUGCCUGUGUCAUGCACUGCUGCAACCAAUGCUCAAGUCUCCUGCAAUUCUGCAACAAUUUUUUAUAGUGCAAUUUGUAUAGCAUUUUCUGUCACCGUUCUUAUAUGCAUGUGUUUGAUUUGUGAGGCGCCAAUUAUCAUCAGUUUUGAAUUCUCUAUGAUCCUGUACUCAAUAAUGGUUUAGUUGGAUGUAUGGAUGAGGACUAUAUUAGUGAAUACAUGUUCAUCCCAAGGUUUCUGAUGCACUGCUAUUUCCAAUUCUCAAAUGACCUGCAAAGUUUUUUUA